AGGGGCAGAUUGUCAGCUCAGGGUUUCAAUCCAGCAACAUUUCAGUUACUGGCCCAACGCUCUAACCACUAGGCUACCUGCCGGGUUAAGGUUAGAUGAAGGGUUAACAAACAUGCUAAGUAGUUGCAAAAUAGCAACCCAGCUAGCAAUGAGGAAUCGGCCCAGAAGCGCCCUCUUCCGGGGAGCUGGAACUGAUUGCAUCGACCCGGAAUUGGGUGUCGGACUCUGUCCGGAAUCAAAAUGACUGACUGCCCAGAAUCGGAUCAAGUACAUUGGGCCAUUUCCGUCUACCAACUUUGCCGGCAUCUUACCAGAAUCGCCCCAAUGCAAAUGUAAAUUAAUGUAUACAAAAUUACCCAAUUUAGUAAUUUUAAAUAUUACUAUUAUAUAUUUUAUACAUACAAAUUAUAUCCAUCCACAAAAAAAAAACAUUUUGUCUCGGUGGAAACACCACACACCUGGUGACCGUGUCAGCGUGCAUGUGCCUAGCCUGCCACAGGAGUCGCUACAGCGCAAUGGGACAAGACCAUCCCUCCCCUACCUCGUGCCGACGCUGGGACAAUUGUGCGCCCCCUCGUGGGUCUAAUGGUCACGUCCGGGAAGGGUCUCGAACCAGCGUCUGUAGAAACGCAGUUUGCACUACGAUGCAGUGUCUUAGACCGCUGCGCCACUCGGGAAGUUCCAGCCACAAAGUUUUUAAUGCUUAUCAAUUGCCUUGCACAAAGUAUCAAAAUACUACACAGGACUCUUAAAGCAUUUCAUUUAAAUGUUAAUUUUAUUUUUUUAAUCACAGAAACAAUGAGGGAGGAAAUUAAAUAAAUAAUGAAAUGUUAAUUAUAUAUAGCAGCCUGAGUAAUCAUCUGCCAGGGAGCAGCCCCGAUCGGCCGAGCCCCAAGUAAUAUAUUUGGGCCAGAUAACUCACAUGGGAAUCGGCCCAAGCUCAAUCCCUGCAUCCUAGCCAUAAGUAAUACUGCUGAAGGCGGCCCAGACUCUGACUCUCAGCUGAGUGCCCCGACUCUCAUCUGGAAUUGGCUCAGAUCCACUGUGCUAGCUGGGUACAAAGUAUCAUCAGAAGAGGACUGAAGACUCAUGGAGACACCCCCACUACGAUACAAAACUGAAUCCCUACACAAGAGCCAGGAUGAGUGAGGCGUGGCAGCAGCAUGCUGUUGCUCCCCCUCCAGUGGUGCACACCAUACCACCGGGGGCGGAGAAUGCGUUGGGCUGCGCCGUCUAUGGUAUCGUCCUGCAGCCUGACCCCGCUCUGCAGCAGUCGCAACACCAGCAUGGCCAGCAGCACAGCCAGCAGCACAGCCAGCAGCAACACCCUACCCAGGUACAGCAGCCCUCUCUGCAGGUAGGAGGUGAGGGCGGUCACAAGUGUGGAGCAUGCGGCCACGACAUCUCCCACCUGGCCAACCCACAUGAGCACCAGUGUAUGGUGAGCCAGGACCGCUCCUUCCAAUGCACCCAGUGCAUGAAGAUCUUCCACCAGGCCACUGAUCUGCUGGAGCACCAGUGUGUGCAGGUGGAGCAGAAGCCCUUUGUGUGUGGUGUGUGUAAGAUGGGCUUCUCCCUGCUCACCUCGCUGGCACAGCACCACACCUCGCACAACAGCACCAACCCCAUGAAAUGCUCCAUCUGUGAGAAGACCUACCGACCGGGCUCCUCUGGGAACACCACACCUUCCUCCUCUGCCACCAACCCUCAGCAGCCGUCUGCUGAUGGAGCCUCUUCCAGUGGGAGUGUGGCAGUGGGAUCCUCUUCCUCAAUUACAUUUCCAUCGGCCCGUGACAGGCCCUACAAGUGUUCCGUCUGUCAGAAGGGUUUCAGGCACCUGUCAGAGCUGGCACGCCACGAGCGUGUGCACACUGGAGAGAAGCCCUUCAAGUGUGACACGUGUGACAAGAGCUUCAGCCAGUCCUCUCACCUGGCCCAUCACCAGCGCACCCACAGCUCUGAGCGCCCAUACAAAUGUGCUGUGUGUGACAAGAGCUUCAAGCACCGCUCCCACCUGGUGCGCCACAUGUACGCCCAUUCCGGAGAGCACCUGUUUAAGUGCAACCUGUGUGAACUGCACUUCAAGGAGUCUUCGGAGCUGUUGCAUCAUCCAUGCCACCCACAAGGGGCACGCCCCUUCCGCUGUGCCACCUGUGGAAAGGGCUUCAAGCGUCCAUCAGACCUGCGGCAGCAUGAGCGCACUCACUCUGAGGAGCGUCCCUUCCACUGUGAGGAGUGCCAGAUGAGUUUCAAACAGCAGUAUGCCCUGGUGCGCCAUAGGCGCACGCACAAAAACCCAUCUGACCGCCCCUUCAAGUGCAACCUUUGUGACAAAGGCUUCUUGCAGCCAUCCCAUCUGCUGUACCACCAGCACGUCCACGGCAUGGAGAACCUGUUCAAGUGUGCAUCCUGCCAGAAGGAAUUCAGUCAGUCAGGAGAGCUGCUGCGCCACAAAUGCGGUGAGUCGUCCUCUUCAUCUAGGGAGACAGACAAGCCUUACAAAUGUGACGUGUGCGGCAAGGGAUACAAGAAGAGUUCGACACUGCAGCGACAUCAGAACUCGCACUGUCAAGAGAAGCCCCUAAAGUGCUCCCUAUGUGACCGCCGCUUCCUGUCAUCCUCAGAGUUUGUGCAGCACCGCUGCGACCCGUCCCGAGAGAAGCCCUUAAAGUGUCCCGAAUGCGAGAAGCGCUUCAAGUACUCGUCUGACCUGAAUAGGCACAAGCGUGUCCACACCGGGGAGAAGCCCUAUAAGUGUGCUAGCUGUGAUAAAGGCUUCAAGCAACGGGAGCACCUGGCCAAGCAUCAGAGUGUGCAUUCCAGAGAUGCCCAGUUCAAGUGUGUUUGGUGUGGAGAGCGCUUUGGAGACCUGGGAGCUUUGCAGGAGCACACAGUCCAGCACACAGCUGAAGGAGGGGGUUACCCUGUGCCACCUUGCAUAUAGUCACGCCCCUCCGCUCUGUACAAGUUCAUAGCAAACGUCCCUGUCUACCAUUAAUUUGCAGCACCCAGCUUAACACACUUGAACUGGGCAUCUCUGGAGUGCACACUCUGGUGCUUUCCAGAGAUACCCAGUUCAAAUGCUUUGGAGACCUGGGAGCCUUGCAGGAGCACACAGUCCAGCACAAAUCUAAAGGGAGGGUUACCCGAUGGUAGGUUACUCUGUGUCACUUCUUAUCCAGUCCAUAGCAAAUGUCCCUGCCUACUCUUAAUUUGCCCCCAGCAUAUACAAUCCAUACCCUCACUUCCCAUCUGAAAACUGAUACCAGUCCACUUCCCCACCCUAAGAAACCCAUACAAUUUAUAAUUGUUAAAAACAAAAAAUAGAAGUCACUGCCAAGUGUCACUGCUUUAGGGCUACUGUCUGAAGGACAGAGGAGACACCAACAAGGAUAUGUCUUUCACUUCAAACACUAGGGUGGAUGUUCAAGCCCAGGUCAUUUACUCUUAUCUAUCCUUACCUUCUUGAAUCAACUUCCUUGCAAGUGGGGAAAAAAAUUAAUGUAAAUCACCACAUUCGCCUACAUUUCUGUCUAUGAAAAGCUUUGCAUUUGUACAUAAAUUACCUUGUAAGGGGCGGCAGGGUAGCCUAGUGGUUAGAGUGUUGGACUAGUAACCGGAAGGUUGCGAGUUCAAACCCCCGAGCUGACAAGGUACAAAUCUGUCGUUCUGCCCCUGAACAGGCAGUUAACCCACAGGCAGUUAACCCAGGCCGUCAUUGAAAAUAAGAAUUUGUUCUUAACUGACUUGCCUGGUUAAAUAAAGGUAAAAAAAAAAUAAAAAAUAAAUAAAUUACCUUGUAGAUUAAAAAGAAAAAAAGGCGAUGUGGACCAGUUCCCCUUGUGAUGACCUGCUUGACCGGUGUGUUGCACCAUGACCCAGAACUAUUCUCUUGCCAACAGUGGUUGUCACUAUAGAAUGCAUCUACAGAGAUCCUGCAUGCAUUAAUGUUCCAUUCUCUUACCCAGGAUACUCAAGACUUUUAUGAUUGCUAAGUUUCAGCAGCUGCUAGUCUACUGAUGGCCUCUUGCUUUUUUUAUUUUGGAAUCAAUGACGCUGUAUCAACUCUGAUAUAAAAUGUUUUGUUUGGUGGGUGGAGGGUUGAAAUGAUUGUGUAUUGUUACUUUUCCACAACCUAAUCACUGUAGUAGCAGUGUAUGCAUAUCAGGAAAUGGAACCGGUUCAGGGAACAGAACCAGAAAUAUCACUAAAACAAAAAUGAUGAUCAGAACCGGGAACGGAAGUGAUCUAUACUGUUCUGGAACAGAACCGUUAUUUUAAAAGCACGGGAACCGGGUAAUAAUGUUAUUUUACAUUCCAGGUAUUUUUUUUACAGUCCCACAAACGCAACAAUGCGCCUAUGCAAAGCCCUCACUCUGUCACUCAGAAAAUCUUUGUGUGUGUGUAGUUUACCUGUCCCUCCCCCUCCGAAGCACUGUAGCCUACUGACGUUACAUGCGUGAUUCAGAAAUGUAGAGAUUUUUUUUAUUCGAGUAGAAUGGAUUAACUUUAUCAAUGCUGGUUAACUAUAGUAUCCUUAUCACGUUUCUCAUUGGAUUUAUUAACUACAAAAAGGUAAGAUGUGUUUUUUAUUUUAAUUCUGAUGCCGCUCUGCACACACAAGUUUGUUAGUUAGCUCUCGUCCAACUUUAAGCCAACUCUUUUCAAGUUCAAAGACAUUCAAAGUUCCUUCAUAUAAGCCGCUCCUCCGUAGGUAUAAUUCUGUGGGCCUAGUUCAGAUAAUGCAUGUCAUCACAAGAUGCCCAGCACUUCAUGCCGCCUCCUCCAACCUCUCUCGAUCUUUCCCCACCUGGAAAAUUUCAAUCGCAUCUCGCGCCCUACACUUGUUUACCCAUGCAGUAGAUAGAUGUCAGACAACUAUUGCUUGCCCGUGCCAUAGCAAGCUGCUCUAUCCUCACUGAUUGGUGAAGUGUUUAAAUGUUGAGCUAAAUGUAGAGGUUUAAAAAUGAAUGAUAUAAAUCAUUACUUUCUUGGGUUUGAACCGGUUCAGAACAUUAAUUUGGCUGGUGGAACAGUGCAACGUAAUGUAAAAAAUAAUGGUUCUGUUCUUCAGAAUGAAACAAUUGGAAAUAUAAUUUUGGUUCCAACCUCUGAUGCAUAUACAAUAAAAUCAUACACCUCUACUCUUUGCUUAAGUAUUAUUUUUAUUUUUUAUGUACACGAAUCAACUCCAAUUAGAAGUAGGUUUAUUUUUUACAUUGUUUUUGUGCUAUUGUGAAAUAUUACAAAAGUUUGUGACUGUAUGUGGACGUAUAUGUGGCCAUCAUUGUGGCAACUAUAGUUUGUACCAAAACACCAUUGUACUGCAGCAAAUCCCAAAGGUGUGGAGAUUAACCAGCUGAAGUAUCAAGACAUCUCACUGGUAUAUAGAAAUAUAUAUUUCACACAUAUACAGUUCAUAUUCCUACAGAGAUCAGUGAAGAGUAUCUGUGCUGAUAAUGUCUAAAACCUGAUCAAGCUUCCUCUUACAUAUGUAGUACAAUAUGUAUGUGAGUAUGUUUACCAGUUUGGUUACAAAAGUUGCAGAACUAUUGUUUCUAAAACUGCAUUGGCUGUUUUGUAUGUUACAACUUUUUAUCAUAUGAGGACUUUAAUUGUUUUUCAUAUUUUCAAGUCAUAGUUAUGAUAGUGGUAUAUGUUGCAAGUUUCCAAGGAGAACAUUCUGUCUCUAAGCCCUACAAGGAUUCUGACCCCUGGUGCUCCUUUGUGUUUAUUUGAUGAAUGAUUGUUGAAUCAUGUCUGUGAAAAUGGAAUCCUGGCUGUGAAGUGGAUUGUAUAAAACAUACAUCUGGUGUAGAAUUUUGUCAGGUCUGUAUAGUUUAACCCCAGUUAUGUCAAACUUAUCUGCAGUAGAUUUGUGCAGAUCAUUUUAACUUCUGGAUUUUAUAGCCUUAUUUUUUUUAUAGCAUCCUUACCAAAAUGGGCUGCUUAAGCUUGAUUGCAAAAGUUAUGGAUUGACUCUUUAUAGUCUGUAAGUGGUAAGACAACUAAUAAGGCAAAAAUCUGUGUCAACUUUGAGGGCAAAUCAAUGUGGCUCAAAGUGUUUUUUUUUUGGUUUGGGGGGGUCUUUUUUUCAAAGGAAGUAUUUCAAGGGGAUGUAUUUGGUUGUGGUUUGAGUGCAGUAUUGAAAAACUAUUUUAUGAUAAGGUAAUGCUAACUUUGAGGAAGGUUAUUUUUUUAUAAUCAGUUUCAGUAGACUGUUAAACUGGGGUCAGGGUUAUUUAGAAACCCAUUCUACUCCAGAACUGACUGCCUCAACGUUGUUGCUCUGUUUCUUGUACUGUGCUGUGUUUUUUGUUUCCUCCAUCGUCACCUGAGGCGGGCUAACAGUUUGUCAUUCGUCUUUCAUCUGGCAUUAGGACCACAUCAAAAAGCAGUUGCGACUUGAAUUAAAAAGAAAAGUACUGUAUAUGUUUAGUUUAUAUACAUUUUUUAAAAUUAUUUUAAUCUAUAUGAAUAUUUCCAUUCUUGGGAGGAGGUAACAGGGCCUUUUAGGAUGUAAUGGGAGGAGAUGUUUGAUUGAUGGAAGGGUCAUUAGGACUGUGAUUGACAUUACUUUUCAUCCGGUGUAGUGUAUAACAGUUAGCCCCAAUUAACCCUGCUUUCUCUGUUCUGUGCAUGCCUGCUGUGUUAGUUCCUGUAAUCUGUCCUAGGUAUUAGUGCUUCAGAUGGCACUUAUUCCACAUAGCUUUUUUUUCAAAUUGUUAUGUGAAAAAAUAUUUGUGACAAUGUACAGUAUGUGUACAUUCAUGCUAAAAUAUCUGUAUGUAGCAUUCAUUACACACAGCACUAACAAAUAAACUUUUUAUAAAGGG